CCAAAGUUUGAAGCUGAUGGGAGAGGGAGGAACUUCUAGUACUCAUGAAGAGAAACAGAUAGAUAGUUUAAUUAAUAACCACUGUCCCGUUUCCCCAUGACCCCAUCCACUCUGUCUAGCUGCUACACUUAUUCCCAAAUACUGAUGGCUUCAAAUAUCAAGACACGACCCAGGAGCAUGCAGCGUCUGUUAGAGUAAUAGGAUUAACCCCAUCAUUCACUUCCAUCCUGAACCGAGGGAUCUUUGGACUCCAAGACUUAACACACAGACUUCUGAAUGAAUGAGUGGGUGGGCCAUGACGUCAAUGUGGUGGGACCUUUACAGAUCCCACCCAGUGAUGUGUUCCCCCUAUCAGAAAGCUCACAUUUUUUUGAUAUUCUGGCAGAGCAGAACAGUCCAUUGCUACAGGACCAGGAGGUCAUGUCCUUCAAUAGCUAUCCCAGCAUGCAGUACACCUCGGUGGAGUCCUCCAUUUCAUCACCAUCAUAUUACUCCAGUCAGCACUGCUACCCACAGUACACUGGGGAGGAGUGGUACUCUCCAUCCACCGUGUUUGAGAUGAGGAAAGGACCGUUGGAGGGAGGCUUUGAUAAUAUACUGGACGAGUCUUGCUCUGUCGUCCCGACUGUGUGUAAAAGAUCCAGACACGCAGCCCACUCCGGAAGGAGCAAAGGCGAGGAAUUGUGUGUGGUCUGUGGAGAUAAAGCAUCAGGAUAUCACUACAAUGCACUUACAUGUGAAGGAUGUAAAGGUUUCUUCAGGAGGAGUAUUACAAAGAAUGCUGUAUAUAAAUGUAAGAGUGGAGGAAACUGUGAGAUGGACAUGUACAUGCGCAGGAAAUGCCAAGAGUGUCGACUCAGAAAGUGCAAAGAGAUGGGCAUGCUGGCAGAAUGCUUAUUAACUGAAAUCCAGUGCAAAUCCAAAAGGCUGAGGAAAAACACAAAAGCCUCAUCUGACGAAAGUAUAGGGGAUGAUGUUGGUGAUAGUAGAGAUGCUAAACAAAUUGUAUCUACCACUAAACCCUCUAAGGAGAAUAUAGAACUGAGCCAAGACCAACAGGCUUUAAUAAGUUAUAUAGUCGAUGCUUACAACAAACAUCGCAUUCCUCAGGAUAUGGCGAAAAAACUGCUACAAGAGCAAUUUAAUGCAGAAGAAAACUUCCUUCUACUGACCGAAAUGGCAACUAGUCACGUUCAAGUGCUGGUUGAGUUCACAAAAAAUAUACCAGGUUUUCAGUCUCUGGAUCAUGAAGAUCAGAUCGCUUUAUUAAAAGGUUCCGCUGUAGAGGCAAUGUUCCUGCGAUCAGCCCAGGUUUUCUCCAAGAAACUGCCCAAUGGACACACAGAGGUGCUGGAGGACAGGAUCAGAAGGAGUGGCAUAUCUGAGGAGUUUAUCACACCCAUGUUUAACUUCUAUAAAAGCAUCGGGGAGCUGCAGAUGAUGCAAGAGGAACAUGCUCUCCUCACUGCUAUCACAAUCCUCUCACCAGACAGACCAUAUGUUAAGGACCAGCAGGCAGUGGAGCGCCUGCAGGAGCCUAUGUUGGAGGUGCUGAGGAAGGUCUGUAAACUACAGCACCCCCACGAGCCCCAGCACUUUGCACGGCUUCUCGGUCGUCUGACUGAGCUUCGCACCCUCAACCACCACCACGCAGAAAUGCUGGAGUCAUGGCGCAUGAGCGACCACAAGUUCACCCCCCUCCUCUGUGAGAUCUGGGACGUUCAGUGACUUAAGUGACUCUUCCACAUUCAGAGAAAGAGAAAAUUUACAAAAAUUGGCACUUGAAAGAGAAAUGCUAUAGACUUUAACUAAGCUGCCAAAGAGAGGAGUUUACACACUUUUCAGUGAAGUGGACUGUUAAAGUAUGUAAUAUAAAUGUAAUAUUUUGUCAAACUUCAAGUAAAACAGGAAAAAAGAAGAUUUUAAGACAUUAUCAGCUCUUCAAGAAAAGAUUGAUAUUGUAAUGCCUUUGUAAAUGUUUACCUGGCCUUUGCAACUUGGCACCUUGGUUUGUUUUAAAAUCUGAUUUAAUUUAUCAGAGGACUUUGUGGCUUUUUA